GCUUUAAUACUAGAUCAGACUGAACGGAUUGUGCGGGUGAGCUCCGUUCAAUAUGAUUUGAGGGGAAUAGGAAUUUUGAUUGCAUUUUCUGAGCGGCUUUUGAGGAGGCUUUGCAGCCGCCCAGCUCUGCUGCUCGGACACUUCCAGACCCCGGUGCUUCCAGGCUCUGUCUCCCCGUGAUCCAGCUCCUCUCUGCCGCCGAUCGUCGCGUCAGGAUCCCGCUAGAAACUUCACUGAAAGCAGGUUCGGAUGUGGCAAGCAAACUGCAGACGGAUGCAUAACCUAGCCGACUGGAUAUCCGGGACAGUGAUGGGAGGCUGUGUGGGGAGGAGUAGGAUGGAUGGACAAGGGAGUGCCCGGAGCUCGACAAGGAGCAAAAAACGUGGAGGACGCAAUGAGCCGCUUAAAAAGGAGCGCCCAAAGUGGAAGAGCGAGUACCCGAUGACUGAGGGCCAGCUGAGGAGUAAGAGAGAUGAAUUCUGGGAUACAGCUCCGGCCUUCGAUGGGCGGAAAGAGAUCUGGGAUGCACUCAGAGCAGCAGCCCUUGCCGCAGAGUGCAAUGACCUGGAGCUAGCACAGGCCAUAGUGGAUGGCGCCUGCAUUACUCUGCCACAUGGCUCUCUCACAGAGAGUUAUGAUGAGCUGGGUAACCGUUACCAGCUGCCGGCUUACACCCUCGCCCCGCCUGUCAACCUCAUCACUGAAACGUCCAGUGACAACAAAGUCUGUGACUCAACACAGAAACAAGCCCAGCCGCCUCCGUGCAGGCAGGAAUUCCAGCUGCGGGUGCGAAUGUCAACAGGCAAGGACGUGCGUCUCACAGCCAGCAUGGCAGACUCCAUCGCUGAGCUGAAGAAACAAUUGGAAGAGCAGGAAGAAAUUGACGUGACACGCCAACGGUGGUUCUUUUCCGGGAAACUUCUGACCGACAAGACCCGCCUGCAAGAUGCCAAGAUCCAGAAGGACUUUGUGGUCCAAGUUAUUGUCAAUAUGAAUCCUCCAGUCAUCGCUAACUGAGGAAUGAGCCAAAGGGAAUGAGGUGAAGGAAAGAUAACGGUUGUGCCAGAGAACAAGAGUAGGGCUUGAAAUCACUUUCCAGUGGGUUACUGCAGUGAAAUUUUGUGUACAUUUUUAUAUAAAGAAAUAUUGCUUUUAUAUUGCUCCUUUUUCUAUUUUUCCUUUUUCCAAACAAAGUGAGAAUAUUGAAAAGCACUGAAACACUUUAGAUUAAAGUAGAGUUUGAAGAUGCACUUCCCCAUCUGUUCUUUUGUCCGUCUGUCUGUUUGUGAAGACACAACUCUCAGCUGUGUUAUUUACAUGAGUUUCACUCCUCGUGUCCCUUUGGUCUCUUUGUAAGUGUGCUUCUCAAGAAAAUAAAUACGGUUCACAUGAAGGUCCUGAAAUAAAAGUUUUUCUUUCUUUCUUUCUUCCUGAAAACUGUAAAUAUCAGGUUCACUAUAUAUGUUGUUUGGUUAUGUAAUUAUGUGCACACACUACUACACCUUCAAAUCACAGCUGUAUGUUCAUGAUUAAGACACAGAAUGUAAGGACGGCAGGUUAAAAAAGAAGACCAGACUUGUUUUUCAUCACUCCAAACAAGCUGUUGUACUUAUAUGUAUAAUAUGAUGCUCACUGUACUUGAAUAACUUAUCAAUAAAUACUGUA